UACAGCUUGAAUAUUUUAAUUGUAAGGCUUCGAAUUCAAGUAAAUUUUUGCAUAUAACUUUUAGUAGCAUUACACUCAAUGACAGAUCUGCGAUCAAAAGAUGCAAAUAAGGUAUAUAGAUGCCUCUCAACCUGGUGCAACACACGACGCGUUAGCGUGGAAGGUAUCUUCCGUGCGAAACUAUCUUUUGCAACAGUAUACUGGAGGAAGACAUACAAACUCUUGGCUGCUAGGUGACGCAGGCUAUCCCCUAGAACCUUGGGUAAUGACACCAUAUCGUUCACCAAUUACCGGAAGUUCUGAAAGCAAGUACAAUAUUCAACAUUCCAAGGCACACAAUAUUAAUGAACGAACUAUCGGCUUACUGAAGAACAGAUUUAGGUGUUGUCUUAAGACUAGGCAGUUGCAUUACUCAGCAGAAAAGGCUGCCCAAAUAAUAAACGUUUGCGCAGCCUUGCACAACAUCUGCAUUCAUUUCAAAGUUGCAGAUAAUGCUGAAAAUUUGCACAUUGAAGAUCACACUGAAAAUGCUUUUAGUGACGUGGAUGAAAGUGAAAAUAGUCACAUUCUUGAAGCUAGAAACGCUCGUGACAGAAUCGCUGGUUUAUUUUAAUUAAAAGAGUACACAAUUUACAUAUUGAGAUAUCACUAUUUCAGUCUUAUUUAUUUCAUUUUUUUAAUUCAAAAAUAAAUUAAUUAAAAACUAAAACCAUUCACAACAAAAAAAAACUUAAUUCAAAACUAAAACCAAUCACAACAAAAAAAAACUUAAUUCAAAACUAAAACCAUUCACAAAAAAAUACCCUGGCACUUAUGCCUUCAACGGACUACUUAAGUGAAGUGAUCCUGACAAUAGCUUCCUCGAACUCCGUUAGGGCUACAAGAUUGUUGUCAUUGAAUCCCGACUGUUUCCUUUUUACUUUAUUUUCCACCAGUUUCUUUUUUGUUUUGGAUUUAAAAUCAGCCCAAACCUUGAAACCAAACAUUUGUUACUAUACACCUUUUUUGUUAAAAUUUAAUUUAUAGACCUUUUUCCAAUUCGCACCGUCUUUAGAA